AUGAAUGCUGGAGUGUCUUUCUAUCUCAUUAGCAGUCAUUUGUGGCACGGUGGUGAGGAGACGAAUGGCACUCCAGCACAAGAAAUCAUCAUAAAAUUAAUCUAUUAUACAACUGGGCCACUGCAACCUGCCAACAAGUGUCUAUUGGUUCUGUGCUCUGUCACACUGGUGCUGGCCAGAAGUGCCCCAACAUCCAAGAACUCAGUCACGAUGGAGGAUAAAGCACGAUCACUGGUCGGCUCGUCGGUCUUCAACGACCUGCGAUACAUUUACAGAACAUACCAAGAGUGUUCAACGACGGACUUGACGGUGUGUCUCAAGAUCAAGUUGCUCACGUCACUCGAUCGCGCCAGCAGGUCUGUCGGGAAUGUGUCCAUUGGCGAUGAUAUCAAGCUGGUGCGACAGGAUGCGGCCGCAGUUGAUGAGACUCCUGCCAAGUCCACGGAGGAAAUCGAAGAGUCCUUGCCACGAUCACUAAGUGACAAGCAAACUGCCCUUAACAAGAUGAUCUUCUCCAAGAUUGUCAGCUUCUUCAACACUCACACACUUCAGGUUAAAUUCCCAGAGUCUGAUGAGAUCGACCGAGCGGAAGGACGCGCUAAGCAGAAGAAGAACAGCUGGGUCAUGAUCCCUGUCAUCCUGGCUGGAAGCAUGGUUCCCCUGGCAUAUGGAGCCCUCGCCCUGCUCGCCGGCAAAGCCCUGAUUGUCUCGAAACUCGCCCUGGUUCUGGCCUCCAUCAUUGGCAUCAAGAAGCUGGUGUCCAGCAGUGCCGGCCAUCACGAGGGAUCCCACGAAGUUGUCGUCUCGGGCGGUCACGGUGGCUCCGGAUGGGGACGCAACCUUGACUCACACGAACAGGCGUACAAUGCCCAGAUGCCCAACCACCAGUAA